AUGAGAGACACGCAUCUCAGGAUGACCAGCCGGGGCAAUUUCUGUACCUCAGUUUUCCUCAUCCGUUGGGAUGUAAAGGGCGGCAAUGACCGUGAUCACUACCCUGGCUUUGACACCUGGCAACCCCUUGACGGCACUCCCAACAUCCAGGGCUUCACGUGCCGCAGCCCUGUCAACCUCUGGCUUUAUCUUGAUGAUGAGCGCCAACAAUUUUCAGGGCCAACUGAAGGCAAAAUCAAGAUCAACCCCCGACGUAUCUCCAAGUACAAGAUUGUGCGACGUUGA